CACUAGUUCAACUGUGCAGCGAAAACGAACAGACCUAUAAUGACGAUUUUUCGAAAUCAUGGCAUUUAAUAUACGCUGCGUCAGCAGUCAUUUUCCGAUUCUACCGUGGGAAAAUUUUUUUUAUUACGCUUGCAAUAUCGAUUAAUAAUUAAGUGGUAUGACCUCCACAUAAGAAAUCUAUGUGUAUAAAUUUACUUACACUAGGAAGAAAGAUGUAUAUUUAUGAUGAUUUAGUACGUAAUAUUUCUUGGCAUUCAUUUUGUGUGAAUAUCACCACUCAUUCCGUCGUGUCGUAAGCUGCGCUGUGAAACUCAGUGUGAGGAACUAUCACGUAAAUAUGACUGAAGUAAACUCCAAGAAACCUGGUAUUCUCGCGAAAUUUUAUCUAGCGUUAUAUAAUCUUGGACAAACUUUGGGAUGGAGUUAUAUAUUAUACCAGUUUAUACAACAUCAUACUAAUUCUUCUUUGGAUGCUACCUUGUGGAAUAAGGUGGAAUUAUCACUAUUUGUUUUCCAGAAUGCAGCUGUUUUAGAAAUAAUGCACGCAGCAACUGGAUUAGUACCAUCAAAUACUAUAAUUACAAUAUUUCAAGUUUUGAGUCGUAUUAUGAUUGUAGUAGGAGUCAUCCUAGCUACUCCUUACACAUAUGCUGCUGCAUCUCCAGGAAUUCCACUAAUUCUCACAGCAUGGUCUAUUACAGAGAUAAUUAGAUACUUUUAUUACUUUUUGAAUCUGCUUAAUGCUGUACCGUAUAUAAUAAUAUGGCUGAGGUAUACCACAUUUAUCAUAUUAUAUCCGAUUGGUAUAACUGGUGAAUUGUUAUGUUACUAUGCUGCUGUAAAAUACGCCAGUGCUUAUUCCAAUGCAUGGAGUUAUGUUCUGCCAAAUACAUGGAAUUUUACAUUUAGCUAUUUAUAUCUGCUAAUAGGAGCUAUGUUAUCGUAUAUUCCAAUUUUCCCUAAGCUCUAUAUGCACAUGUUUGCGCAAAGACGCAAAAUUCUAAAUCCUGCUGCAACGAAGAAGGUUCAUUAGCAUGUAAAUAUUUUGUUUUUGUUUAUUUUUUCUAAUAUUUUAGAACAAUAACUAAAAAUAUAUAAUAUAAUAUUAUACAUGUAUAUUGUACUUUGUUAUGUGUUCGUAAUAAUGGGUCUUGCGACAUAUAUUUAUAUACAUAUGGGGUGAAAAGAAAUAUAUUUUAUGUUGUUACGCAA